UUAAGCAAAGCCAACCAUCUCGCUGGCUUGAAUCCUUCACCAGGAGUUCAGUGUAGUUCAACCACAUAAUCUCUGCUCAAACACAGAAACAGCUGGAAUUCCUGCAGGUCCUGUAAUUCACCUUCUUUCUCCACACUGUGGGAUCUCGCUCUGUGGGAUUCAGUGCUGGCUACCAAAAGAACAGGGGAAGGUCUGGCAAAAGCAGCAGCACUGAAGAUAUGACGAUAACUUAGAUGAAAGACUCAAGCUAUGAAGCUUAUGUGAAAGAAUUUAAAUGUGAUAAAUCAUCCCCAGCAGUGAUCAAUAAAUCAGCUUUGGGAUUUCAAGACAAACAGGAACUUAAAGCACACAACAGCUUUUGGUGCUUCACACAGUUCUGUUAUUUGGAAUGUGAAUCUAUACAGACAAUAACUAUAUUUGUGAAGGCAAUCAGAAGAGAUAAGUAUGAAAAGCCUCUUAACAGUCCCGUUUAUUUGGAAACAGUGCCAGGGACGAUUCCAAUUUUGUCUCCGGCUUGGCCUUUAAGAAGGCUCACCAUGUCCCUGCCAGCAAAGAGGUGUGGAAGGCCCCCGGUGUUGUCCUUCCUGGAAAAGAAAAAGAGAAAGCAAAGUCUUGAUAGAAGAAGGGGCAAAACGAGGAUUUAUGUGGGAAAUCACAUUGAGCGGUGGCUGACACUUAAGGAGAAGCUGGAUUUCAGGAACGAUGCAGAAGUUGCAGGGUUUUUAUUGGAUUUGUAUGACAGCUACGACCCACUGUCAAAAGCCCCGCUCUGUCCCCUCCCUGAGGGUGUCAGGAGGAUCACUGUGAAGGAAGAAAGAGCUCUGUCAGGCAGCACAUCUCUAAUAGCAGCAGAUGGGACGUACGACAAUGAUGAGCAGCUGCAUAAAGAAUCUGCUUGUUCUGGCCUGGGAGAUGUGAGAGUUGUGACUGUGAAGGAGGAGCGAGAGACACCCCAGGACUGUGUGUUGGCACGGGCAGAUGACAUGAUAGCUUCCAGAAGCCAGAGGAGGAUCCCUGAUCAAAGUCUAAAAAUGCCCCAUGAGUGUGCACAGUGUUCCUGUCAGCCCUUCAUUCCAAGACUGGCCGGUACUGCCCGUCCGGCUAUUCAGGGAACGGAGCCCGGGGGGUCUGGGGGUGUAACAGGAGGCCAGGGCUCGUGUUCCAGCUCACACAGCUGCUGCACUCCCCUUUUCCUGGGAAUGUAUUCCAGCCUCCCCAGGCCUCUGAUAGCACAGCACUUUGAGCCGGGUGGCAGACUGGCUGUGGGAGCUCACCUGGCUGCCGGAAUUCCCCCUCAGAAGGGUGGUGUCAUUGUUCUUUAAUCCUGGCACUGCCUUCAUGUGGUUU